CCCGGAGCUCUCUCGGGGCUCGUCUGUGCCCCGCGCGGUAAGCCUGGGUGCUGCGGCCCUCCGUACCCCGGGCCCCACCCCGGCGCGCCCGCCCUUGCACCUCCCUUGUCCCCUGCGGACGGGUGCAGGCCGGCGACGUCCGUUCCCCGACCUCGGGCUUUGUGAUGACUUCCACCCUCCCCUCCCGCCCCGCAACGCCCGCGUGGAGCAGCGCGCGCCCCGCGUGGAGCCGGGGCGUCGGGCCCUGACGCAGCGCCUGCUGCGGAAACGGUUUGUUUCCAGCUCCAGUUCCCCGACGAGGAAACUGAGGCACGAGGGCGCGAGUGGACCCCGGACAGGAUCCCCGGCCAGCUGGGGUUCCAGACAGCGUAGGAACUCCUUCUUCCCGGCCGUAGCGAGCAUGGCGUCCCGCUCGGUGCCGGACGCGUCCCGCAGGCGGCGGGAGAAGCGGAGACAACUGGACGCGCGCCGCAGCAAGUGCCGCAUCCGUCUGGGCGGCCACAUGGAGCGGUGGUGCCUCCUCAAGGAGCGCCUGGGCUUCGCCCUGCACUCGCAGCUCGCCAAGUUCCUGCUGGACCGGUACACUUCUCCAGGCUGCAUCCUCUGUGCAAGUCCAGAACCUUUGCCACCCAAGGGUCUGCAGUAUCUGGUGCUCUUGUCUCAUGCCCACAGCCGGGAAUGCAGCCUAGUGCCCGGGCUCCGGGGGCCUGGAGGCCAGGACAGAGGUCUUGUAUGGGAAUGCUCAGCGGGCCAUACCUUCUCCUGGGAACCUUCCUUGAGCCCUACAUCUGGAGAAGCAACCAAGGAGGUCCCCCUCCCAUGUGCUGCCCAGACAGGCUGGAGCCCAGAAGCCAGGAGGAGGCAGAAACCUGCAGGUUUGGAACCUGAACAAGAGAGGAUUCAAGAAGCCAGACUGCCCAGAGGAGCAAGACCCUCACCAGAGACCUUCCUGUCCCCAGGAGAGGAACAAGAUGAGGAAGAUGAAGAUGAUGCCAAUGAAGAGGAACUACUCAGUGAUGCCAGCCCCUGGACCUACAGCUCCUCCCCAGAUGACAGUGAACCAGAAGUCCCCAGACCACCCUGUUCUGUUACCUGCACAUCUAAGAAGGAACAGACACCAGCAGCACCUGAAGCUCUUCCCACUCCUCUUGCUGUUUCCUCUUCCCCAGCACCGUCUGAGGUGCAGUUGGAGCUUAGCAGGACCCCUCUGGGAGGCGGGCAGGCAGAGCCUUUGGCCAGCCCUAGGAGUCAGGCCGAGUCUGCUCCAGCCCCAGCCUGGGAUGAGGACACUGCACAGAUUGGGCCCAAGAGAAUUAGGAAAGCUGCCAAAAGGGAGCUGAUGCCUUGUGACUUCCCUGGCUGUGGAAGGAUCUUCUCCAACCGCCAGUAUUUGAAUCACCACAAGAAGUACCAGCACCUCCACCAGAAGUCAUUCUGCUGUCCAGAACCAGCCUGUGGGAAAUCCUUCAACUUCAAGAAACAUCUGAAGGAGCACGUGAAGCUGCACAGUGACACCCGGGACUACAUCUGUGAGUUCUGUGCCCGGUCUUUUCGCACCAGCAGCAACCUUGUCAUCCACAGACGCAUCCACACAGGCGAGAAGCCCUUGCAGUGUGAGAUAUGCGGGUUCACCUGCCGCCAGAAGGCCUCCCUGAAUUGGCACCGACGUAAACAUGCAGAGACGGUGGCUGCCUUGCGCUUCCCCUGUGACUUCUGUGGCAAGCGCUUUGAGAAGCCAGACAGUGUUGUGGCUCACUGCAGCAAAAGCCAUCCAGCCCUGCUCCCAGCUGCACACGAGUCACCCAGCCCCUCGGAGUCCUGUCCCAGUGUCGCUGCUCCCAAAUCCCUGGGGUCCACUGAGGGGUUUAGAUCCCCUCUCUCCUUAGGCUCCAAUCCCGCUCCCUCAGCAGUGGGGGUAAUCUCCUCCUCUGAGCUUGGGGAGCCAAGCUCAGCCCCAGUCAUUGAAAGGUUUGAGGACAUAGUCCAGAUAACUUAGUUCCUGGGAUUACGAGGGGAAUGCAACAUGGAGGCACUACUGGGAGCUAGUGAAGCCAGACUAGUCUUCCUAAAGAAGAGAAUAAACAGUGUUCUAAAUAAGCAUGCAUGGGCAGAGCAAAUAUUUUAGCACCCAAGGUGCAGGAAUCUUGAAUUCCUUUGAAAGCAGACUGUUAGAAUGUGCCAGAAUGCAGUAUAAAUGCAGGCCCUCACCUGCCUCGAACUUGAGAGCCCAGCAUUUCUCCCUCCCCUCCCCUCCCGCCCCCCGGACUGUCAUGUUUCAACCCUUCUCUAUCACUGAGUAUGACACCAGUGUUCACACUGGGGUAGAGCAAUGUGGGACAGUGAAGAGUGCCCGAGCCAUGCUCCGGUGGGACUGGCACCAUCAGGACAAAGCACAGGGUCCUGGGUCUAGCUGAUAUUUACCACUGAGGAAGUGAUAAGGCUAAGUGCAGAGCUGAGGUGUUCUAUAAGCAGGUGGCUGAAAGAAAUGCUACAGUUUGAAUCUGAAAAUGGCCCCUGAAGUCUCUCGUGAAAAAGGUUUAGUUGUCAACUGACAGGACUUUGAAACAUGAUCGGCUGUAAUUUCAUCUAUGAAUGUAUGAGUUCAUAGCUAAAUGGAUUGUCAGGAGGCAGGGCCUGGUUGGAGGAAGUAGGUCCCUGGGGGCCUUGGAGGAGGGUGUCUUGUCCCUUGAAGACCCUUUCUCU